AGUGAGCUGGUGGCCUGCACUGGAGGGAGCUGCCCUCGGCUCUCCCAGGGGCCCACAUGGCCUGGUGUCCGUCCUGCAACCCCAGUUCCUCAGCAGCUCCUGCCGCCGCCUUUCCACGCGCCUUUGCCCAUUGACAUGCGGCACCAGGAGGGACGGUACCAUUAUGAUCCUCACUCAGUCCACGGUGUACACGGGCCUCCCACCCUGAGUGGCAGCCCUGUCAUCUCAGAUAUCUCCUUGAUUCGGCUUUCUCCACACCCUGCCGGCCCCGGGGACUCCCCUUUCAGUGCGCACCACCCCUAUGUGAACCCACAUAUGGAGCACUACCUCCGGUCUGUACACAGCAGCCCCACACUCUCAAUGAUCUCUGCAGCCCGGGGCCUCAGCCCUGCUGAUGUGGCCCACGAGCAUCUGAAAGAGAGAGGACUGUUUGGUCUUGCUGCCCCAGCUACCAACCCUUCAGACUAUUACCACCAGAUGACCCUCAUGGCAAGCCACCCUACACCUUAUGGGGACCUUCUGAUGCAGAGUGGGGGUGCUGCUGGUACGCCCCAUCUCCAUGACUACCUCAAUCCUGUGGAUGCGUCGCGAUUCUCUAGCCCACGUGUGACCCCCCGCCUGAGCCGCAAGCGGGCACUCUCCAUCUCUCCACUCUCAGAUGCCAGCCUUGACCUGCAGCGCAUGAUCCGGACCUCUCCCAACUCGCUGGUAGCUUAUAUCAACAACUCCAGGAGCAGCUCAGCGGCCAGCGGCUCCUAUGGACAUCUGUCGGCCGGCGCCCUCAGCCCAGCCUUUACCUUCCCCCACCCCAUCAAUCCUGUGGCCUACCAGCAGAUCCUGAGCCAGCAGCGGGGUCUGGGCUCAGCCUUUGGACACACGCCACCCCUGAUCCAGCCUUCACCCACCUUCCUGGCCCAGCAGCCCAUGGCUCUCACCUCCAUGCCUACCCAGCUCAGCGGCAACAGCAGCAAUGGUCUAAAUGAUGCCAACCAGAACAAGCAGAGCAGUGAGUCCGCUGUGAGCAGCACCGUGGAUCCCAUCACCAUUCAUAAACGCAGCAAGGUCAAGACUGAGGCCGAGGGCCUGCGGCCAACCUCUCCACUGGGACUGACACAGGAACAGCUGGCCGAUCUCAAGGAAGACCUGGACAGGGAUGACUGUAAGCAGGAGGCCGAGGUGGUCAUCUAUGAGACCAACUGCCACUGGGCAGACUGCAUGAAGGAGUAUGACACACAGGAGCAGCUGGUGCAUCACAUCAACAACGAGCACAUCCACGGGGAGAAGAAGGAGUUUGUGUGCCGCUGGCAGGCCUGCACGAGAGAGCAGAAGCCCUUCAAGGCCCAGUACAUGCUGGUUGUCCACAUGCGCAGGCACACGGGUGAGAAGCCGCACAAGUGCACGUUCGAAGGCUGCUCAAAGGCCUACUCUCGCCUGGAGAACCUGAAGACACACCUGCGGUCCCACACGGGGGAGAAGCCCUAUGUGUGUGAACACGAGGGCUGCAACAAGGCCUUCUCCAACGCCUCGGACCGUGCCAAACACCAGAACCGCACUCACUCCAAUGAGAAACCCUACAUCUGCAAGAUCCCAGGCUGCACCAAGAGGUACACAGACCCCAGCUCUCUCCGCAAGCAUGUGAAGACGGUCCAUGGGCCAGACGCCCAUGUCACCAAGAAGCAGCGCAAUGAUGCUCACCUCCGUGCUCCACUGCUCAAGGAGAAUGGAGAAAAUGAGACCAGCUCCGAGCCUGGCGGCCGGGGAUCUGAGGACGGUGUGGAGGCCAGCAGCACCAGCCACACUGUGGAGGAUUGCCUACACAUCAAAGCCAUCAAGACAGAGAGCUCCGGGCUCUGUCAGUCCAGCCCCGGGGCUCAGUCAUCCUGCAGCAGCGAGCCCUCUCCCCUGGGCAGUGCCCCCAACAAUGACAGUGGCGUGGAGAUGCCGGGGACAGGGCCUGGGAGUCUGGGAGACCUGACAGCACUGGAUGACCCAUCUCCAGGAGCUGACACCUCAGCCUUGGCUGCCCCCUCCACUGGCGGCCUGCAGCUGCGCAAACACAUGACCACCGUGCAUCGCUUUGAGCAGCUGAAGAGAGAAAAACUCAAGUCACUCAAGGAUUCCUGCUCGUGGGCCGGCCCAGCUCCACAUACCCGCAACACCAAGCUGCCUCCCCUCCCAGCAAAUGGUGAGUGA